AUGGCGGUUCGCGCCCUGUUGCAGGUGGCCGAGACGAGCCUCGUCUGCUACGUCUGCUACACGCUGCUCCGCUCCCCGGUGGUGUUUUCAUGCGGCCACGUCUUUUGCAAGACAUGCGCCGAGCGCUCCAUUGAGGGGAGGCCACGCUGCCCGCUGUGCAACCGCACCGUGGCGAGUCGCCGGGCGAUCACCCCGCUGCCGACCCUCGCGAGGGUGAUGAGUUUGGUGCACGACGUGGCCAAGUCAUUGCGGUUGGGGCAGGCGACGCACGUUGCUGCCGCCGUAGGUGCCGGCAACAGCCCACCGCCACAGCUCAGGGAAAGGCUGAUGCCGAGCUUUGCGGCGGUGGACGAAUGCUCCCUGACGGCGGCUGUCAGGGAUUGUCUUGCGUCGACGUCCACCGUGCGCGACGAGGAUGCAGGGUUGCUGCAGACGCCGAUCAUGCACCGCGAUGGGAGUGUGGCAGAGACGCAGUUUCUGCGCACCUCCCCGCCGCCUUUGGCGAUGCUGGCCGAAUGCUUUGUGGGGUGCGACGAGAACGAAACGCAACGGAUGCUCUCGCCGAGCCCUACAUCGAGUUCAUCCUCCUCUUCUUUGCGGCAAUCUUUCCACCAAUGCGUGGCACUGCGUCGCCGCGGUGGUGGCCGUUCGACGGGGGCCUACGAGCAUGUGGGCUGCUGUGCGCUGUGCGGGCUAGACAUUGCAGACCGUGCACGGGUUCGCCACUUUCUGCGACAGCUGCUUCAUGCAGACCCCACCUGCGACCACAUGCGUCUCCAGCAGCUGAACGAGGUAAUGCUGAGCGACUUUCUGGGCCCCAUGUGGGACCUGCGUCUCUCCACACCAGGUGUGAGUCAUGCAGCACACGGGAUGUGCCGAAAACGCAGCCGCAGUACCAAUUCGUCUCCUCCGCCAUCAUCCUUCACGCUAUUGGUGCACCAGGCGUGUCUCGAGUGGUGCGUGUUGCACCGGCGCGUGCAGGACACUGUCACUCUGAAGGUGGCGGUUACAGGCACGCUGCUGCGGGAGCUUGACGGCUCCUCUUGUGCCUCUGCCUGUUCAUUUUGCUCAGCUCGCGGGCGGUGUCUGCUUAUGUGCAGAGACUGUCAGCGGAGGGCCUUUCACUACUCCUGCGCACUGCUGACAGGUGCCGGCGUGUGCAAUAUUUCUGCCGAAACCAUGUCCUUGAUAUGUGCGAUGUGCUUGCGGAGACACGAGGAGGAGCAGGAGGAGUCAGAGAAGGCAGAGGCGGAGGGGGAGUUGAUGCUGUGGUAG